AUGUCUCGUCACCACCCCGACCUCGUCAUGUGCCGCAAGCAGCCCGGCAUCGCCCUCGGCCGCCUCUGCGACAAGUGCGACGGCAAGUGCCCAGUUUGCGACUCGUACGUCCGCCCGACGACGCUCGUCCGCAUCUGCGACGAGUGCAGCUUCGGCAACUACCAGAACAAGUGCGUCGUCUGCGGCGGUGAGGGAAUAUCAGACGCCUUCUACUGCUUCGAGUGUACUCGCCUCGAAAAGGACCGCGAUGGCUGUCCGAAGAUUAUCAACCUCGGAAGCUCAAGAACGGAUCUAUUCUAUCAAAAAAAGACGAAUCGGACGACAAACUACUAG